AUGUUUCUGGCCAUGUUCUAUUUGAAACAUUGGUUUAACAGUGAGAAACCUUUAUUCGAUCACUAUCCGCUAAGUAUUUUAAAAGAAAAUGACAUUUACUUCCCAUCUUCCUAUGGAAUCAUUAUCCUGGACCAUUCAAAGUCAAGUAUUAAUAAAUGGUUAACGGAACCAGUCUGGUCUAGAGCAAUAAUUUGUGCUUGUGCUGAUGGUGGAAGUAAUGAAUUACGAGAGUUUACCCUUGAACGAGAAAAGGAGCGUCUUGGUCGUUUUACGCCUGAUUUUAUUAGUGGUGAUUUCGAUUCAAUUAGCUCAGAUACAAAACAAUUUUAUGAACAGAAAUUUAAUGUCCCUCUUGUUGUAACAGGAGAUCAAGAUGCUACCGACUUUACUAAAUGUUUGCAAGAAUUACAAAAGAGAAUAAAUCAUGAAUCUCUUAAGCACAUAUACGUUUUUUGUACAUUUGGUGGUCGCUUUGAUCAAGCGAUGAGCAUCAUUAACACCCUUUAUCUUUAUCCAGAUCUGCAUAUUUUUCUCAUCUCUGAUUGUGAUAUCACAUUUCUUCUUAAGCCAGGUCUCAAUCUUAUUCAUCAAAUCCGAUCGCCCAUGUGUGGUAAAUAUUGCAGUUUGAUUCCUUUCAAUGGUCCUCUAAAAGUAGUGACAAGCGGUCUUCAAUGGAAUCUCAAUGAACAGAUGGAACUCAAUUUCACUACAUUGAUUAGUACCUCAAAUGCUUACAUUGAAGAUGAGGAUGACUUUGUCACUAUCAGUACACAUCAGUCACUAAUCUGGUCAAUGACUUUGAGUAAAGAGGACUAA